CUCAGAAGACCAGGAAAACUAUACCUCGGGGAAUCCAGUGAUGGUUGCAAAAGGCAUCUGGUAUUGUCCUUCUACCACUGUCUUAAAAGGGAUUCUAAAGGGAUUUUCUUUCCCUUGUUCCUCCAGCCCUACACUUGCAUUACUGGCCUAAGUGGAUACUCACCAGCUGGCCAUGUCCAUCAUUACAGCCAAGUCUGAGAAUUCCUGAUUAUACUUAGAGUCAGUGGAGCUGCUGACACAGUCAUUAGCAGACGACCCUUUUGGAACAAACAAUGCUUUAAAAUGUAAACUGCGGUGGGGGGGGCAUUUUCCUUGCGUUGUCCAGAAAGAACUUUCUGCUGCCUGAGCCUGGAUUAAUCAUGAGAGAGCUUGUCAACAUUCCACUGGUACAUAUUCUUACUUUGGUUGCCUUCAGCGGGACUGAGAAACUUCCAAAAGCCCCUGUCAUCACCACUCCUCUUGAAACAGUGGAUGCCUUAGUUGAAGAAGUGGCUACUUUCAUGUGUGCAGUGGAAUCCUAUCCUCAGCCUGAAAUUUCCUGGACCAGAAAUAAAAUUCUCAUUAAGCUCUUUGACACCCGGUACAGCAUUCGGGAGAACGGUCAGCUCCUCACCAUCCUGAGCGUGGAAGACAGCGAUGACGGCAUUUACUGCUGCAUAGCCAACAAUGGCGUGGGAGGAGCUGCGGAGAGUUGUGGAGCUCUGCAAGUGAAGAUGAGAAAGCUCACCCAUUCAGAACCUAAAAUAACUCGUCCUCCCAUAAACGUAAAAAUAAUAGAAGGACUAAAGGCAGUUCUACCAUGUACUACAAUGGGCAAUCCCAAACCAUCAGUGUCGUGGAUCAAGGGGGACAGUGCUCUCAGGGAAAACUCCCGCACUGCGGUUCUUGAAUCCGGGAGUUUAAGGAUUCAUAAUGUGCAAAAGGAAGAUGCAGGACAUUAUCGAUGUGUGGCAAAAAACAGCCUCGGGACGGCAUAUUCCAAGUUGGCGAAGCUGGAAGUUGAGGCUCUUAAUAUGACAAAUGCCACAGAGAGAGAAGAGAGUGAACCUGAGCAAGAUACUAAAGUUUUUGCCAGAAUCCUGCGGCCUCCUGAAUCCCACAACGUCACCUUUGGCUCCUUUGUGACCCUGCGCUGUACAGCAACAGGCAUCCCUGUCCCCACCAUUACCUGGAUUGAAAAUGGAAACGCUAGUCCAGGCUGCUUAUCUGGGGAAAAUGCCACAAUACUUGAUCUGACCUGGGAUGUUUCCCCAGUUAAGACAGAAAGAUCUCUUUCAAGGCCACCAUGGUACUCAUCCCUACUCCUCCAAGAUAAGGUCAAGGUUUCUUCUGGGUCCAUUCAAGAAAGUGUGAAAGACCGAGUAAUUGACUCAAGACUGCAGCUGUUUAUCACCAUGCCAGGACUCUACACAUGCAUAGCUACUAAUAAGCAUGGAGAGAAAUUCAGUACUGCAAAGGCUGCAGCCACCAUCAGUAUAGCAGAUUUCCUGUGGAAACUUCCUUUCCUGUUACUAGAAUGGAGUAAACCACAGAAAGAUAACAAGGGCUACUGCGCCCAGUACAGAGGGGAGGUGUGUAAUGCUGUCCUGGCAAAAGAUGCUCUUGUUUUCUUCAACAACUCCUACGCAGACCCUGAGGAGGUCCAAGAACUACUGGUCCACACUGCCUGGAAUGAACUGAAAGCAGUGAGCCCAUUCUGCAGGCCGGCUGCUGAAGCUUUACUGUGUAACCACAUCUUCCAAGAAUGUAACCCUGGGGUGGCACCUACUCCUACACCCAUUUGCAGAGAAUACUGCCUGGCAGUAAAGGAGCUCUUCUGUGCAAAAGAAUGGCUAGCGGUGGAAGAAAAGACCCACAGGGGACUCUACAGAUCUGGGAUACAUCUGCUCUCCAUGCCGGACUGCAACAAACUCCCCAGCAUGCACUGGGACCCCAUGGCCUGUACCAGACUGCCCUAUUUAGCAUUCCCACCAAUGACGUCCUCAAAGCCGAGUGUGGACAUUCCAAAUGUGCCUUCCUCCUCCCUGUCCUCCUCCUCUGUCUCACCUACAUACUCCAUGACCGUAAUAAUCUCCAUCAUGUCCAGCUUUGCCAUAUUCGUGCUUCUUACCAUAGCCACUCUUUAUUGCUGCCGAAGACGAAAACAAUGGAAAAAUAAGAAAAGAGAAUCAGCGGCUGUAACCCUCACUACUCUUCCUUCUGAGCUCUUGCUAGACAGACUUCAUCCCAACCCCAUGUACCAGAGGAUGCCACUUCUUUUGAAUCCCAAAUUGCUCAGCCUGGAGUAUCCCAGGAAUAACAUUGAAUAUGUGAGAGAUAUCGGAGAGGGAGCAUUUGGAAGGGUCUUUCAAGCAAGGGCUCCAGGCUUACUUCCCUAUGAACCUUUCACAAUGGUGGCAGUGAAGAUGCUCAAAGAAGAAGCCUCAGCAGAUAUGCAAGCAGACUUUCAGAGGGAGGCGGCCCUCAUGGCAGAAUUUGAUAAUCCUAACAUUGUGAAACUCUUAGGCGUGUGUGCGGUGGGGAAGCCGAUGUGCCUGCUCUUUGAAUACAUGGCCUACGGGGACCUCAAUGAGUUCCUCCGCAGCAUGUCCCCUCACCCCAGACGCAGCCUCAGUCCCAGCGACCUGGCCCGCGGGGCGCAGGCCUCCAGCCCCGGCCCGCCGCCCCUUUCCUGUGCCGAGCAGCUGUGCAUCGCCAGGCAGGUGGCCGCCGGCAUGGCCUACCUCUCCGAACGCAAGUUUGUCCACCGGGAUUUGGCCACCAGGAACUGCCUUGUGGGUGAGAACAUGGUGGUGAAAAUCGCCGACUUUGGCCUCUCUAGAAACAUCUACUCAGCUGACUACUACAAAGCCAACGAAAACGACGCCAUCCCCAUCCGUUGGAUGCCCCCGGAGUCCAUCUUCUACAAUCGCUAUACCACGGAGUCUGAUGUGUGGGCCUACGGGGUGCUCCUGUGGGAGAUCUUCUCCUACGGCCUGCAGCCCUACUACGGGAUGGCCCACGAGGAGGUCAUCUGCUACGUGCGGGACGGCAACAUCCUCUCCUGCCCAGAGAACUGCCCCCUGGAACUGUACAAUCUGAUGCGUCUGUGUUGGAGUGAGCUGCCUGCAGACAGGCCCAGUUUCACCAGCAUCCACCGAAUCCUGGAACGCAUGUGCGAGCGGGCAGAGGGGAGUGUGGGUGUCUGAGGUCGAAGAUGGGCAGGUAGAACUCUCCAGUCUCCUCUCGGACUCUAGGAGCCAGGCGAGUCCAACACCAGAGGCCCAAGGAGACCCAGAUAGGAAAUAAUAGUAGCAGGCAUGGGUACCAUGCUGUUUGUUUCUCAGAAAAAAAAAAAAGACGGGGCAGAACUCCUGGGGUGGGUGGAAAGUGGGUGAUGGGAAAGGCAGGGGAGGAAAAAUGUCAGAUAAUUGGAGAUAACUACUCUUCCUCAUGGGGAAAGUUUGUAUUACACACUGUACAGGAAAGAAUGUCAUCCUGUUCAGUUCCUGAAUUAGCUGGCAGCAGAGUAAGACUCUGCUGUAUUAAAUUUUGAUACAAAAUGCAGCUGAGAGCUCCAUUUUUAAUAGAGUUCAUUCCCAUCCAUUAGGAAAGUAGCAUAUCUUCCUGUAAGAAGCUUAGCUCAAGCACAGAAAACUACAAAGAAGGAGAAACCAUUUAUCGUCUCCUCACCCAAAGAAGGGUGUUGAUUUUUUAUUCAAUAUUUCUUGAGUUUAACUCACACUUUUAGAUUUGUUUGUAUUCUCCAGAGUUGUGGCUUACUUUAUUGAUAGAAGGUUUCCAAGGAAUAAAAUGGUAAAUCAGCAAGGCUAUAUUCUUACUGUGAUAAGAAAUAAGUUCCCUUUUUCUGUCUUUGUGUUUCUUCUUUAGAAGUUUUUCCUUUGUGUGCACUUGUCAUGAAUUUAAUCUGCUUAUUUUAUUCCUACAUUUUCUUUUCUGAAAAAAAUCUUUUGUGGCUAAUUUAUUUACCUUUUUCUUCGAAAGUUUUUUUGGUACUUUUUCUUUGCUCUUAUCUUUAUUUCUUCCUUUUUUCAGAACUCGGUUCUUUUUUGGUUAUUUAGCUAUUUUUUCUUUUUAUUUCAUCCAUACAACAAACACCCUGGCAGAAAUAAUAACUUUCUAAAUAACAUUGUGGACUAUUACGUAUAUACCUUUUGCAAAGUAUUACCAUUUUCUUCUGCACUCGCUUUUGAAGCCACACAUUUUAAAGUUGUCAUUCAUUAAUUUUAUUGCCACAGUCUAUUAAAUCUCUUUAUAAAGCAUAGUUUAUAAUAUGGGAUUUUACAGGAUGCUCUUGUGGCUCUGAGUUAUUUCAAACCUGAUGUUUGUGCAUUCUGACAUUUUUUUCCUUCUAGAAACCAAUUUGAUAGGCAGUAGAAUUAAUGUAGGGCUGCUUAUCAACUUUCUGCACGACUAUUCACCUAUCUUGUUACAUCUUAUGAUUCUUACAAAGAAAAAAAAAAAACCCUCUGGAAGUCAGAUUCUUGGUGCACAAGAUUUCUCAGUGGUGCCCACACAAUAUAGCUUUAUCUGAGGCCAACAUGGAUGAUAUGAGUCUCUCCUGAUACAGGAUGAACCCAAAUUCUCCCGAAAAGCAAAUAAACAGGGAAGAGAAAAUAGCAGUCUACCCUGUAUCAGCUCACUUUCAUUCAACCUAAGUGGUAGUUAGGGCAAUGGAGAAAUGGUCUGAAUUCUUGAAAGUAGAUUUUCAACUGCUUCUGGAAGGCUCUACCUAAAAUCUCCAAAUGCAGCUGCAUGCAAAAACUUUUUCAUCUUUGCUGGAAAACCUGCCAUUUUCUUGUUCAUAGUCAUUCCAGGCAACCAAGACAAAAACACAGACUUGUCCCUCUCCUUCACCCACGAAAACUCUAUCAGUUUACUUUCUAAAAUUCUCCUGGACACACCACCUCCCCUUCAAUCUGGCUGCCCAUUACUCAUACUCUAUCACUGCCUGUUGUCUCAUCUUUCUACCAUUUCAUGGCAGAGAAGAUUCCAUGGGCUAUGACAAUACGUGCUUACUAACAAUUCUGAUUUACAAAUAAGGAAGCCAGAAGUUAGCACUGAGACCUUGAGAGGUGCCUUAGGUUAAAGUCAUGAUGGUAAGUCCAAAGUUAAGACAGUCAUCCAAAGGGCCUGAUGAGGAAUAAGGUUGCAGCAUGAGUCAAGCAGCCAAGUGGCCAGCAAAGCAGAAAACUUGGAGAGGGCCACCAUCAAGGCUGGAAGUUUCCAUAGUUAUCCAUAGCAUGACACAUGUGUUUGUCAUGUAUGCUCUGCAAACGUCAAAGACGUCUUCAGUUUUCCUCGGCUGACAGAGUUUUAUUAUAAAAGAAAGACAUGGAAGUCAGGCCAAUCAGAAAAACUACUCCAUAGAAAAGCAGGGUCAGGACAGUUAGAGUUACUUGGAGGACCUGCCGUGGGGCUAGUGCUGCUGGGAACUUGUUGCCCCUCAGAAUGGUUUCCAUUGCCCUGUUCUACUGUCUGCUGCUUUGAGCUGGGCUCUGUUUCCCUCCCCAUUGCUGGAUAACUGCCCUUACUUUCCUGUCUCUUCUGCAUGCCUUCCACAGCCUCAUAGAUUCUCUUUGUGUGUUUUAGGCUCUGCUAUUUAAGAUUUCAAAGCAAAAAAGUCAGAGAGACAUAGGUAAAUACAGUGAGUGAAUGAGUACGUGAGCAAGCAAGGAACUGUUACGUAGACCAUCCAAUUUUACUAAAUAUUUAAAGGAACUGAAAACUAAAAUUACUAGAAAUCCCAUUAUAGUAACAAUAGUAAUAAGAGUAAUACCAUCACCUAGCAUUUACUGAAUGCUUACUCUAAGGCCUAUAUAUAUAUAAAAGCUGGUAGGAAUAUUUAAUUGGCAUUUUGAUAAAUUGGCAGAGUCUGCUGGCUGUGGACUAGCGUAAGGGUGAAAAAAAUCCUGGAGGGUACAGAUUUAAGGAAACCCCAUAACUUUUGUGAGAUUUACCUCCAAGAACUUAACCAGGUAUCAUGUAACAAAGUCCUACAUUCCAUGGGAAAGAAUUUGACAGUCUUGUCUCAGCUAGUGGAAGAUAAUUACUGCUUAGUCCAGAUUCUUCCAGCUUUUGUGUCUCACCUAAGGAGAAACAUUUCAGUUAAAAGGGGUGAGGACUUCAAGGACAUAGAUUGGGGAUGAUAUAGCUAGGGAAGCAAGUAAGUGGCAGUGGGGAGAAAGCUAUAUACAGGAGAAACACUUCUGAAGGUUAAAGGCUCUGAUGAAAAAAAAGUAGACAACAUGUAAGAACAGAUGGGUAAUAUAAACAGAGAUAUUGAAAGUCUAAAAAAAAAUGCUAGAAAUAAAAAUACUGUAAUGAAAAUGAAGGAUAUUUUUCAGGGACUCAUCGGUAGAAUGGACAUAGCUGAGAAAAGAAUCAGGGAGCUUGAAGAUACGUCAGUGGAAAUGCCCACCACUGAAAUGUAACAAGAAAAAAAAAGCCCUGAAUAUCCAACAACUGUGGGACAAUUUCAAAAGGUGUAAAAUGCACAAUUGGAAUACCAGAAGGAAAAGAAUAAGACUAGAACAAAAGAAAUAUUUGAAGUAAUAUUUGCAAAGAAUAUUUCAAAAUUAAUGACAAACACAAAACCACAAAUGCAGGAAGUUCAUGCAGAACAAACACCAAAAUUUCUGUACCUAGGCAUAUUAUAUUAAACUGAAGAAUACUGAAGACAAAGAUAAAAUUUUGAAAGUAGCCUGAAGGGGGCCAGGAGGGAAUGAGACAACCUACGAGUAUAAGAAUUACAUCAAACUUCUCUAUAAAGCACACAAGUGAGAGAGUUGUAUAUUUUUUAAUUGAAGUAAAUAUAUUAACUUAAAACAUACAAUAUCCCUGUGAUGUCAGUACUAUCAUUAUGCCCAUUUUUUAGGUGAGGAAACAGGCACAGAGAGAUUGUGUAACUGGCCUUAAGCACACAGAGCAGCAGAGCCUAGGUUGUGACCAAAAGACGCUGAACUCUCAAUCAUCAUGCUGAGGUGCUUCCAGAGAUUACAGAGGGAACAAUUGAAUCACAAUGACUCUGUGGAGGUGAGUUAUAAUUUGCAUGUAGUUUCAAAGCAUACACCAUACCCCUUAUACUCCUGAUUUCCUAUCCCAGUCUUUUCAUUGAAUAGCAAAAAAGUAUAUUUUAGCACUGUCAAUUUAAUCAAAAAAUCCAAUUGAUGGCAUGUGUAUUUUUUUUGUUAGCUCUAAAUGCAUUUUCAAGCUUUGUCAAGAUCACUAUCUUAUUUCCUUAGUGGUCAUCCCAAGGUUCUCUAUCUCAGGGACAUGGGCCCAGUAUUUACCAGUAUUGUUUUCCUUUCUAAAUACAGAUUUUUUUUCCCCAUUGUAAAAUGAUUGUAUAAAUUCAAAAAGAUCAGGAGAGAGACUCACAGGGUCAUUGUUACCAAGUGUCAGGACAGGCACCAGUGAAGCACCCACAGGUGAUGUUAAAUGGUUGAAUAUCAAACAAGACAAGAGUUCCAGGGCACCAAAAGAACACAUUCCCUGGUAUCGUGAUAGAGCAGAAAAGGAGCACUCCUUCCACUUUGCAGGAUAUUAUAAACCUGUUCUAUAUCAUUAACUAUUUUUCUAAAAGUUCAGUUUAAUUUCUGAAUAAUAUUCCAUUUUAUGGAUAUACCAUAAUUUAAUUAAUUUCUUAUUUUUAAAAUAUUUGAGUUUUUUAAGUGAAAUAUUUGAGUUUUUUCCAGUUUUCACUAUUACAAACAAUACUCUAUUGGUCAUCCUCAUUUGCACAAGCCCAUAAUUAUCUCCUAUGGAAAUUCUGAAAAAGGGAAUAUCCAAGCCAAAUGGCAUGAACAAAAUUAAGGCUUUUGUUUGUGUCGUCAUAUUCUCUAGAAACACUGUUCCCAUCUCUGCAUUGUACAACGGAUUUCAUAGCCCUAAACAUUUGCUGUCAUGCAUAGAGAAUUAAUUCUCUAUUUUUUAGAAGGCUUUUUUCUACUUGGUUAUAGAAAAAGAUGAUCUCAUUUUGAUUUUAUUUUAAAAUUACUAGUGAGGUUGAAUUUUUCUUGUUCCAAGGUCAUUUAUAGUUCUCAUUUGGGGAAUUAUCUAUAACUCAUUUUUCUAUUGCAUAGUUCAUUUUCUAAUCGAUUUGUAAGUCAUUUAAUUUAAUAAAUAGUAAACCUUUGUCAUACGUUGCACAAAAGAGAAAAUACAUACAUACUUUUAUUUUAAAAUAGCAUUUGCUUUAUCAUUGCAAAAGCAAUAUUUGUUUAUUUUUUUUGAAAAGAAAGAAUAAUAAGCAACAAUAUACAAAUAAUAAAGAAAAUGAAAAAAUACCAACCAAUGGUAACUAACAUUAACUCAUGAUAAAUAUUGUUCCAGUCUUUUUCAUGUAGGUAGGUAGGUAAAUAAGUAGAUGAGAGAGCUAUAGAGAGAUAGACAGAUAGAUAAUCCUUUAAAAUGAAAACAAGAUCAUACUGUUUUAUUGUUUAAAGCUUUGUUUUUAUCACUGAGUGUAUCAAACAUCUUCAAUAUCAACAAGUAUUCAUGUGCAACAUCACUUUUGAUGAGUGAAUAAUAUUCUAUUAUAUGAAAUUACAAUUUACUUAACUAUUAUUCCAUUUUUGGACAUUUAGUUUAUUUCUAUUUUUUUGUCAUAAAAUAUAGUAUUUUGAUAAUCCUGUUGCUAAAUUUUGUGAGCAUCUAUCUCGAGUGAUUUCUUAAUGUAUAAUUCCUAGAAAUAUCGAUAGAAUUUCUAGAUCAAAGGGUAUAUAUACUUUUAAUGCUUUUAAUACAUUGACAAAUUACUUCCUGAAUUAUUUUGUCAAUAUAUAAUCUUCCAGCUAGAUGAGAGCGUUUUUCUUUCAACCUCACCAAUACUGAGCAUGAGCAUUUUAAUAAUUGCCAGCAUAACAGUUUAAGUUUUUAUUUCGUAGCUUAUGCUUACAUUUCUUUAAAUAAGAUAAGGCUGAACAUUUUUAUCAAUGUUUUGAGGACAGUUGAUUUACUCUGUGAUUUGUCUCCUAUUGUUAUUUUUCUAUUGGGUAUAUCUCUUCUUAUUGCUUUAUAAAAAUGCUUUAUAUAUUGAGUUAAAGUUUGUCAUACAUGUUUCAACCACUUUUAUAAUGCUAAAAAUGUAUACUUCUAUUUGUCUUUUACUAUCAGAUUUUAUUAAUCAGGAAAGAAAGUUGAAUUUUCAGUCUACUGAGAUGAUUAUGGCUUUUUCCUGAAUCUGUCAAAAUGUAGAAAUGUAAGAAUUGAUUUCUUAAUGUUGAAAUAUUGUUAUGUUCUGAGAAUAAAUGCUCUUUGGGGGUCACAUCAUUCUUUUAAUU